AUCCUUAUUCAACAAUUUGGCGUCAAUCCUAUUGUAUACUGGAUGUCAUGGUUUCUCACGACACUAACCUGUAAUGUGACGAUAUGCCUUUGUUUCGCCUUGCCGCUGUAUUUACCUGUGCUCGAUCGGGAGCCGGUGCUGAAAGAGUCGGACACCAGCCUUGUGGUGCUCUACUUCUUUGCCGUGGGGUUUGCUCUGACCUCCUAUUGCAUCUUGGGAAGCGUGAUGUUCAGACGAG